UCUUUCUACUGCGUAUCAUAACGGUAAGCGAAGCGGGAGUGGGGCAUCUCUAUGGUAUAAAGGAGAACCGGUCCACGAAGUAAUCGUCGUUCCCUCUCUGUUGUUCGUAAGUCGUCUCUCGAGUUCGCCGCUCCGCUCAUUUCUCUUUCCGCAACAAUCCGAAAGUCAUCGCCGUCGCGAUCGUUCGCACAUCGAGUGUCCGUCUGUACGUUUGAUUCGUGUUGAACAUCGGUCAAGAUGAUGCUGGUACAACCUACAGAGGAAAUGUCUAAGCAGAUACGAGUUGAGCUGAAUGAAAAUGUAGCGACUCGUGAUAAGGACCUCGAAAUGAUUAAGGAGUGGCUUGCUAAACAACCUCAUUUACCUCAGUUUGAUGAUGACCAAAGAAUAAUGACGUUUCUACGCGGAUGCAAAUUCUCCUUAGAAAGAUGCAAACAAAAACUGGACAUGUAUUUCACGAUGCGCGCAAUGAUUCCCGAAUUUUUUUCUAAUCGUGAUAUAACCAGGCCGUCGAUGCAAGAAAUAGCAAAACAUGUACAUAUUCCUGCUUUACCUGGUUUAACAAAAAACGGACGUCGUGUGAUCAUAAUGCGAGGUAUCAUAAAUAAAGAAGUGCCUAUAAGCGUUACCAAUAUCACGGAAGUUAUGAAGAUGGUAUUUAUGAUCGGCGAUAUACGUCUCAAGGAGGAGAUCCACGGCGUUGCCGGUGACGUUUAUGUCUUCGACGCUGCUAUCGCGACGCCUGCGUAUUUCGCCAAGUUUACUCCUACUUUAGUGAAAAAGUUUCUGGUUUGCGCGCAAGAAGGGUAUCCGGCGAAAGUGAAGGAGGUGCAUAUAAUUAACAUUAGUCCGCUCGUCGACACGAUUCUUAACUUCGUCAAGCCGUUCCUGAAGGAGAAGAUACGCAAUCGCAUCUUCACGCAUAGCAACAUCGAAACGCUCUACGAAUACAUACCUAAGGAGAUACUGCCGACCGAGUACGGCGGAGACGCCGGACCCAUCGCAGAUAUUCACGAGAUGUGGAUGAAAAAAAUGGAGGAAUACGGACCGUGGUUCGCGGAACAAGAAGUUGUGAAAUCUAACGAGGCUUUGCGACUAGAUAAAAUAAAGACGCAGGACGAUUUAUUCGGUAUCGACGGAUCUUUCCGGCAGCUGACCAUCGAUUAAAUUGAUUAACGCGUUACAAAGUGUCUCCCAACCUAAUCAUCGCCAAAGGCAAUCGUUAUUAGAACGCUCGUUCGCGUAGGAGCAGAAACUUUGACAUCGACCGAUCGUUCGUUAUGCCCGUGUGAUGAAUAUUAAUGCAUUUUCCUUUCAAACAACUAUAAUCGAAUUAUAAACUUUUGUACAGAACUUGUACAGGAUAUCGAUUUUCUUCAAACUAAUUUAUGGCAACAAUCAAUAAAAUAAUUUAAUUGAAAAAUUUACUUUUGUAUAAAAAAUAACAGAGACAAAUCAAGCAAAUAUUCCGACAAAACAAACAACGCUACUCUAAUAAAAUAUAUUUUGCAUUUUUUUUAUCAAUGGUACU